UUCAUACACAAUAAUCUAUUUAUUAUUAAUUAAUAAUCUAUAAUUUUCUUUCACAUUCUCACGUAUAUCAUUACUACACAAAUUCUCACAUAUAUUAUUAAUAAAAAAAUGAAAGUUCAUAAAAAAGCAGAAAAUGAUUUGAAAGAAAGAGAGCAUUGGUAUAAUACUAAAGAAUUAAACUUAUCGGCAUUUUUAAAUUGUCAUAAAGCGCUAGUAGGCCAACUUGAUAAUAAGACCGAAUACGAACGUUAUAAUGAUGCAUUGAAGUGCAGUACUACUACAAUUACUUCCACCGCUAUAAGUUUACCCACCUUCGCUUUAAGAGCAAUGUCAGCUAUAAUUUUAUAUUCACCAUCACGAUUUGGUACCAUAGCAUGUAUCUUUUGCUCAAUUCAAGGUCAACAAGAAGGAUUUGCAGUAACAGAUUUUGCUGCAGUUGUUACAGCUAAGGCUCGACAGUUCCGACUUGAAUCAAUUUACGAAUUAAAAUGUGAUACAUGUAUUGGUUCUUCAUACUUUUAUGGAAUUAGCUCGGAUUUGCCAAAAUAUCCAAAGGCUCAUUAUUAUAAACAGAACGUUUGUGAAGAUGGAUUAUGGAUUAAACACAUAUUAAGUAGGAAGCUUAAACCAAAUAAUACUAGUAAAGCAACAUUUACUCCCAAUUGUUAUGGAGGAACUGAAAGCUUAAAUCAAAUAAUACUAAGAGAUGCCAUACCAAAAUUACCAGUAAAUGCUGAAAAAUCUCGUACGAGUAAAGCAACAUUUACUCCACAUUCAAAAGAUAUUACAGAAUAAAGACUUAAUAUAAUUCACAG